UCGGUUGCGUCCUAAACGCGCUCUUACAAACUUUUUUUGUUUAACGUAAAAUAAUAUAACAGGAGAAGAAAGAUUGGAUAAACGUCGGAGCUUGAGGAAGGGCCUAUAGCCAGAGCCGCUAAAAGAAAAUAAAUUAAAUUAGGGCUAUAAACUUUACCGGGAAGAUAACUUUUGAUGGCGAGGACGGGAACUGGGAAGAACGGUGCGGGGCAAUUCUUCCUGGCGACGCUGCUUCUAUGGCUAGUCUCCGUCGUGUUCGAGAUUGCCUUCAACCUAAGGACCGAGCUUCUCUGGGUGAUCAGCGGAGGAUGCUUCUUUCAAUCGGCGAAUUGGUUUGUUCGUGCUUGCCUCUCUCGUGACCCUCUCUUCGUUAACACCUCCGUCUCGCUCCUACACUCAAUCAUCACCUCCGCCUCAGUGGUUUUCAUUCUGCUCAACCAAUGCUUAGAGAAAGGUGUAGACGAGAUGUUCGAUCAUUCUGAGCUCGUUGGUGGGGCUUGGAACUGGGCACACCCUGCUCUGUGUUUCUCUUGCGGUUACUUUGCUUAUGACCAGUGGGAUAUGCUUCGGUACCGUUUGUACAGCGGUUUAAUACCUUCUAUCCUGGUCCACCAUCUCGUCCUCCUCGUUUGCUUCACUUUGGCUCUGUACCGGAACGUAACCAUCAACUACCUCAUCCUUACUCUCAUUUGCGAGAUGCAUUCGAUCUUUCUGCACGUGAGGAAGCUAAGGAGGAUGGCGGGAAUCCGUGACAGCGGCACGGCGUUGGUGAAACUGGAGUGGGUACUAAACUGGACGGCCUUUGUGUUUGCGAGAUGCAUUCCUCACAUUCUCAUCACUGUCAAGCUGAUCAAAGACGCGCACAAGUUUGGGAGAGGUGUUGAGUGGCCGCUCGCUCUGUUUGGUAUGGCUGGAAUGAACAUCCUCAAUGUGGGUCUUGGGAUGGAUCUGUUUCAUGCUUUUAGAAGAGAGAGAAGCAACAGAAGAAAUCAAGAGAAGAGUAACCAUGUAGAAUGAUUAGCCAUUUUUUUGGAAGCCAUCCUUAGACCAAGGUUUAUUGUAAGGUUUAUAAUACACAUUACCACACUCAUCUGUUUUUUAUUUCUGAGGCUUUGCUACUAUGUUUCUAUUUAGCUUUCAGAUUCUUUCUUUUUUUGAACGAAAACUACAUGUAAAUGUUAUUUGUUUGAUGAUUUUUUUCUUUUG